UCUGUCCUCCAUUUACUCUACACAAAUCAGAUAGUUACCCAAAAAAAAACCCCAACCAGAUUAUCCCCUUUUUAAAAAGCCCCUUUUAAAUUCCCAACCCAAAAAUGAGUAGUAGCUCUAGUUACACCAACAACUACUUACAGCAGCACAAUGGAGAUGAAAGAUGCGAUUGUGGAUGAAAAGUAGUGAUGAAACCCUCAUUAACUGUGAAAAAUCCAAGUAGAAGGUUCCUUGGUUGUGUAAACUAUAAGAAAAAGAAUGGUUGCAAUUUCUUCGUAUGGGUGGAUCCACAAACAUGCGAAAGAGGGUUGGAAUAUGCUAAAACCAUGCAAGCAAAAAAGGAAGAACUCGAGAGACAAAUUGAAGACUUGAAGAUGAUGAAUAAUGAGUUGGGAAAAGGAAUACAAAAAUUGGAAAAAGAAAAUGAUGCAUUGUUCGUGAAGUUAGCAGAGUUGACUGAGAUUAAUGUCAAGUUAGUAGGACAGAUUGGGCCAAGGAAGACAACAAAUAGGCUAACAAAUUUGACAACGCUUGUUGUAGUAGUCAUCGUUGUGUUUGUGGUUUGUGUGCUAAUGUCAAGGGUAAAGCACACCCAUGGUAAAAAACCGUUGUAUUUGGUGUGAAGCUAUGUUAUGAAAUGCAUGAGAGUACUAGCAGUUUUUGUGUGCUAUGUUAUGAAGCUAUGUUUGUGGUUUGUGUGCUAGUG